AUGCUUUAUUCAAAGAAGGUUAACUUAGAAGGCGGCAAAAUAGUUGCCAUUGCAAUGUCAACAACCCAUCCGAACUGCCCAGAAACCAAUUUUGUAAGAGCUCAUCUUUAUUUAGGCUGUUUUAUGCUAAUGCCAGUAUCUCCUAGAGUAGCGCAUAUGGUUUACAUGAUAAAUAUUGACUUUAAAGGAUCAAUACCUAAGUUCAUUCUAAACUCUAUCCGAUCUGAUCAAGCUUUGGUCGUCGAAAAGAUCAGAAAGAACUUAUCAGCUUAA